CUCUGCGCGCUUGCGGGAAGCGUCCACCCCACUGAGCCUGCCAGCAAAAGAGCGCCGCGUUGCAACGCCCUCGCCUCACCUUUUGCCGGGCCUCGCCUGCAAAGCCACGACCAAGAAAGAGCGGGUCUCCCGCCGCCGCCGCUCCUCCUCUUCCUCUCCUCCCCUUCUCGGCGGUCUCGACCGAGGCGUGGCCCGAGCCUAUUAAAGGCGCUUACGGGCGAGGGGGGGGCAGCCGGCCCGGGUGUUGGCGUGGCUCGGGGACUCGGGGAUAACCAUGGCCAAGUACGUGGAGCUCUACACGAAGGCGCAGAUGCCCAUCCUGGGGCUGGGCACGUGGAAGUCUCCACCAGGAAAAGUAGCAGAAGCUGUGAAAAAGGCCAUUGAUGUGGGAUAUCGCCAUUUAGAUUGUGCAUAUGUGUACCAAAACGAAGAAGAGGUUGGCCGCGGUAUCCAAGAGAAGAUCAAGUCCGGAGUUGUAAAGCGAGAGGAUCUUUUCGUUGUUAGUAAGCUUUGGUGCACUUUCCAUGAGAAAGCCUUGGUGAAGGGUGCUUGUAAAGCAACACUUGCUGCUCUCAAACUGGAUUACUUGGAUCUGUACCUUGUUCACUGGCCUGUGGGAUUCAAGGCUGGAGAUGAACUGUUUCCUACUGAUGAAAAAGGCAUGAUAAUAGCCAGUGGCACAAAUAUUGCAGACACUUGGGAGGCAAUGGAAGAGCUGGUAGAUGCCGGAUUGGUGAGAACCAUUGGCGUUUCCAAUUUCAACCACGAACAGAUUGAGAGGUUAUUGAACAAGCCUGGUUUGAAGUACAAGCCUGCAAAUAAUCAGAUUGAGUGUCACCCAUACCUUACUCAGGAAAAACUGAUCAAUUACUGUCAGUCCAGAGGGAUCUCUGUCACAGCCUAUAGUCCCCUUGGCUCUCCGGACAGACCAUGGGCCAAGCCAGAAGACCCAUCUCUCUUGGAUGAUCCCAAAAUAAAAGAGAUUGCUGCAAAGCACAAUAAAACGGUGCCUCAGGUCCUGAUCCGGUUUCAUAUCCAAAGAAAUGUGGUUGUGAUUCCCAAAUCCAUCACCCCAGCACGUAUUGAGGAAAACUUCAAGGUGUUUGACUUCGAGUUAUCUAAGCAAGACAUGGAAACCAUCCUCAGCUUCAACAGGAACUGGAGAGCGUGUGCACUGUCCUCGUGCAUCAAUCACAAGGAGUAUCCUUUCAAAAUUGAAUAUUGAAGUUUGGUUGUUGUGAAAGUCUUCGAACCAAGCUGUGAACUGUUUUCAUCGACGUCAACUUUUUAGAGAUCUGUUCCAUCUACACAACAUCUGUAAACAUUUUCUAGCCUAGAUUCAAUAUGUUUUGAGCAUCCCUCGUUGACUUCUUGCCUAAGUGUAUGAGCCCCCACGUAUUGCAAGGAUCUUGCUGACUCGCUGUUUUCAACAUGUGAAGGUGACUAUCUGAAAGAGGGAGGGAGCUCUACCCUUGUAGCCUUUCUGUCUGAGCUUGCUUUGUCAUGUUGUGCAUAACCUGGAGAAUCCACACAGACAGACAGCCUUUCUCUCUACAGACUAUAAAAAACAAUGCAGGCAGGGCAGGAGGGAACUAGCACACUCCCCUCAGUGCAUCUGGGCUCCUUGUGGCUAGGUAACAAAUUGCAAAAUAUCUUUGAAUGCUCAUUAUAAUAUCCUCCUUCUUGUUCGAUGGCACCAUGUUUGUCAAGACAAGUGGCCGGAGCUAUAAGGAGUCAAGUUAUGUGCUGAUCUUUGGAAGCUCUGUUGCACUGCUUUCUCCUCCCAUACAAAAAGUCAAUGUACUAAAAACUUGGUGGGAAAGUACAAUUGUAACGGUCUGAAAAUUACACUUUCUGAACGCCCUUUUACCUUGGCUCCAUUCUGAGAGCUUCAAAGUUUUGGUUGUUAUGUGCAUUGUUUUGACUUCGUCAUAUAUGGGAGCUCCUUUCAAGGGUUUGGAGUGUUUUCCUCUGGUGAUACUGCUUCUAAUAAAAUUGUAUGAUUGCUAUCAUA